CUUUGAAAGCUCAGCUUGUAUGAACUGUCGGACCAGGUCCAGGUACUGGGACUUUCUCAGUGGCCUUGUUAGCUCUCAGCCGCUGAGAACAGCCUUGAGUUGAGGAAAUUGUGGCCGGACAAACAGCAAGGCAGUUCUGCUCCCCUGUCAGUCACUCUGCUGCUGGCUGGCUGCAGCUGAGCCCGUGCCCAGCAGCGUGUCUGGCGGGAGAGGAGCCGGCUGACCCGUCCGUCCUCUGGGGAUGUGGGGGCUGGCUCUCGUCCUCACACUUUUAUUCCUCAAGGGGCUUCAGGGCCAAGAUUCUGCUAAACGUGUGGUUGGACUCUCAGGAACCUGUCUCCGGUUAUGGCCUCCCAAGACACUGGCAAAGAACAUAGAAUCUGUUCAAUGGAAGAGGCCGGGGCCCUCACCUUCAGAAUUUUCUGUGAUACUGACAUGGAAGUGUGAGUCUGAUCAUUGCGAGGAUAAAAAUUGGACUUUGAAUCACCUCAACAAAAGAUUCGGUUUUAUAACCCAGAACUUAAGUCUCACCAUCCAGGCAGCUCAGCAGCAGGACAGCGGCUUCUACAUCUUUGAGGCGACUGAUGAGCGUGGAAAAGUUAAGAACUACACGUUCCAGGUUUCUGUGUUUGAAUCUCUGCUUCCAGAUCACGUAGGGGAGCCCCACGUACUACAGGACUCGAAGGUCCUGGAAGGAGGGAGGUGCCAAGUGACUCUGUCCUGCUCGGUCCCCAGCGGUGAUAACGUGAGCUAUGAUUGGUAUAGAGGGAGCGUGCUGAUCGAGACAGCAAGGAAUCACAGCACGCUGGAGGACCAGAUCGAUGCCAACAGCUCGCACAUAUAUACCUGCAAUGUCAGCAACUCGGUCAGCUGGACAAACCGCACCUUCAUCCUGCACUGUCCGGGUGACUCCCAGCAGGACAAGUCUCUGCACUUGUUGGUGAUCAUCGUGGUCCUUCUAAUCACGCUGUUCCUGGGCGCCCUCGCCGGCUUCUGUGUGUGGAGGAGGAAGAUGAAGCAGUCACAGGACGGCACAGAGGAGUUUCUGACGGUUUAUGAAGAUGUCAACAACGUGCAAAUCAAGAGGAAUCAGGAGCAGAAGCCGAAUCCCCCUGGAGAAGGGACCACCAUCUACUCCAUGAUCCAGUCCCAGCCUUCUGCUUCCACAUCACAAGAAGCAAACACCUUGUAUGCAUUGGUACAGCCUUCCCGGAAGUCUGAAUCCACGAAGAAGAACCACGGCCCUUCCCUCAAUAAUACCAUCUAUGAAGAGAGAAACGAAGGCAUGGAGGGCACUCCCACCCACUAGACUCAUGGUACACCAGAGCUUCCACCUGUGGUCCAAGAAAGAUGUUGCCACUGGUCGUGAGGGAGAAGGCGGAUGGGUGUCUGCUGGGAUUCCUGGCACUUCAGCUGUAGCCCCACAUUAACGCCAACUGGACAGCCCAGGGGAGAGCCCACUGUUGUAGGGGACACUGAGUGGGCCAACGCAACCUAGGAUGGGGUCAUGAAGAACCGUGGUUAAAAAAAAAACACUAGGAUUGGAGACAGAGGAACUGGAUUCAAGCCCCUCCAUUACUUCAUAUUCGUUGUUGAGCCUGAGUUAUUUGCGGUACCACCCCAAGUUUCACCUUCUUAAUCUGUAAAAUGGGGGCAACAAUUCAUACCUCACAAGGGUGUUGCGAGGCUCUCCUGUGGGAGGGUCUGAAGUUCUUCUUCUCUCCCGCAGGUUGGAAAGAGACAGCUCAAGGCCCAGAACCCAGCUCGACUGAGCCGCAGGGAGCUGGAGAACUUUUCUGUGUAUUCCUAGUUGCUGCCGCUGGUCUCCCUUCUCUCACAUCCCAGUAUCUGCUUUGGGACUCAGCCCAGUGGACGAUACCACAUGAGUCUGCAGAAUGGUGCCUGGUCUGGAGAGGAUACGGGAGUUGGUUCAGGGUCUAUAUCUUGUUUUUAACAUGAUUUCUCUCAGCCAAGACUGUUAAAUGAUAUCUCUCAACUUACAGACUGGACAAGGCUGGGCGGACAGGUUGGGUAGUUCGCGAGAGACUGCAAAGCAGGUCCACGGGCGGGCGCACCACGAGUCUCUCAAAUGCUAUGCAAAUGCAGAGUGUUGUAUUAUUAGCGUCAAGAUCCCUUCCCCUGGAUUUCUAAUGUGUUCCUCAUCUCUCCUCUUCUUUAAUCUGAGAAGACCACAUUUCUAGACCCUCCCCUGCCCCAGGCCCCUCUUCCAAAGGGGAAGGAAAGAUCAUGGUGACUCAGGCGGAGAGAAACAGCUCCACCCCACGAGGAUGAACUAAGUAGCUGUAAGCUGCCGGCAGGUUCUCCAAGGGACCGGACCUAGGCUGUCCUCAAAAACAGAGGAAAAACUCCCCCACCACAUAGUAAACCUUUACCUCUGGCCGCUUGGUCACAAGGGAGAGGGCAGGAGUGAGAGCAGAUGGUACAAAGUAAACCCAUCUCAGAGUGGAAAAAUCACCGUGAGUCCACGCUGUCCCAAUAACUGGGCCGUGGGACCAGUUUUGUCUGCGGUAUGAUGUGUGAUUAUUAACCCGUUAUUGAUUAAAAAACACGUUCA